AUGAGUAGAUGCGCAAACUGUUCGAAAUUAUUUGUGAAUGGAGAUACUAAAUCAAGAUACAACAAUAUAGAAUAUCACCAACACUGUUUUGUUUGCAAUACGUGUAAUCAACCAAUAAAGCAUUCAUUCUAUACAUUAUCAGAUAAUGAAUAUCGUUGCUCCGAUUGUCAACAACGUUUGAUACCAACUAUAACAUGUUCGGUGUGCAAUGAAUUGAUCGAUGGUAGUUAUGUACAAUAUAAAGAUAAAAAUUUGCAUGGAAGUUGUUUUUGUUGUGAAGGUUGUCAACAAUCAUUAGCAAAUAUUUCGUAUGUAGAAAAUAAUGAGAAACCAUAUUGUGUUGAUUGUCAUAUGGAACAAUUUGCUAAAUUAUGUGCCAUCUGUCAGCGACCUUUUGCACCCGGUGCACAAUCAAGAAAAUUUCAGAAUAAAUCAUAUCAUAUUGAAUGUUUUUAUUGUGGUAAAAUUAUCUUCGGACAAAAUUAUGAAACCGACGAAGAACAGCAACGUAUUUGCCAGACAUGUGCUGAAGUAAAAUGA